ACCGAAGCCUGCCACUUACCCGGCAUUCAAUGCGCGACUAGAAUCAGGCAAGAUGGCAGCGAACCCUGUCACAAACACACCUCUUUUUGACUGUCCAACAUGGGCAGGCAAGCCACCCCCAGGCCUGCAUUUGGACGUGGUGAAAGGAGACAAGCUGGUGGAGAAGCUGAUCAUAGACGAGAAGAAGUACUACCUGUUCGGGAGGAAUCCGGACGCCUGCGACUUCACGAUAGACCACCAGUCCUGCUCGCGUGUCCAUGCUGCCCUGGUCUACCACCGGCACCUGAAGAGGGUUUUCCUCAUCGACCUGAACAGCACUCACGGCACCUUCCUGGGGCGGAUCCGCCUGGAGGCCCACAAGCCGCAGCAGGUGCCCAUCGACUCCACCAUGUCGUUCGGGGCGUCCACGCGCGCGUACACGCUCAGGGAGAAGCCCCAGGCCCAGCCCGGCGGCGGCGGGGGCGGCGGGGGCGGGGACAGCAAGCCCGGGGAGGACGAGGAGCUGAAAGGCCUGCUGGGACUGCCGGAGGAGGAGACGGAGCUGGAGAACCUGACCGAGUUCAACACGGCGCACAACAAGCGCAUCUCCACGCUGACCAUCGAGGAGGGGAACCUGGACAUCCAGCGGCCCAAACGCAAGAGGAGGAACUCGCGGGUCACCUUCAGCGACGAGGAAGAGAUCAUCAACCCGGAGGACGUGGACCCGUCGGUUGGCCGUUUCAGGAACAUGGUUCAGACAGCGGUCGUUCCCAUAAAGAAGAAGAAGGUGGAGGUUCACGGCGGGCUGGGUUUGGAGGAUGGGGCGGCUCGGAGAACGCAGAACAUUCCCUUCGGCGUCGGGGGCGGCCUGUACGGGGACCUGCCCCCCGCCAGCCAGGAAGCCGACGCCCACCCCGCCGCGGGCCAGGGCGGAGCCGCCAUCCUGGGGGGGCUGCCCCUGCCCUUCCCCAACCCCGCCCCGGAGGUGGACCUGAGCCCCUCCACCGCCCAGCCGCCCGUCACCCUGGCCCCCGCCCCCGCCCCCGGACCCUACGCCCCCGAGGCCCUCAACGAGCCGCGAAAGAAGAAGUACGCCAAGGAGGCGUGGCCGGGCAAGAAGCCCACCCCCUCCCUGCUGAUUUAGCCCCCAACCAGACUGCACGGGGGCGGGGCUAACAGUCAGCGGGGGGGGUUGGGGG